AUGAAGACUAUUACUGUGAUUGUUGCCGUGUUGGCCACAGGGUUGUAUACUCUUGUGGGUGCUACUCCCAUGUCCGCUUCUAAUUCAGACAAGCAAACGAAUGAUUCACAAGUAGGCGCUGCAGGUAUACCGCUACGUGGUGCACCACUAGGCGACUGGAGGCGACGUGAUCCUGAAAAGAUGGAGGAUAUCGAAAACGAAAACAAGAAGUAUCAUUCAUAUGAACCCCAUGCUCCUUGCUCAUCACAUACUACCCAGAAACAUCAAGCCACAACCGUGCACUCCCCUCCUCGUUCGCCCACGCAUCCAGUACCUAGACCUAUUCCUUCUCAUACUCCUCAUCAUCCUCCAACUAAACCAUCCCCAAAACCUUUACCAAAGUCAUCCCCAAAGCCAUCCCCAAAACCAUUGCCAAAACCUCUGCCAAAGCCAUCCUCAAAACCUUUACCAAAACCUCUGCCAAAGCCGUCUCCAAAACCACCUGCACCUUCACCUAUACGACCUCCCCCUCGCCAGCCAGGCAACUCUGGUCUCGGUGAUUCUCAAAAAAAAUGUCUAGAUGCUCACAACUACUACCGCUCUUUAGUUGGUGUUCAACCCCUCUCCUGGUCGCGCUCAGAGGAAUCCUCUGCUCAAUCUUGGGCCAACUACCUUGCUGCUACCAACACUUUGAGCCAUUCGCGUUCUGGAGAGAAUCUCGACCGCGCCACGGGUAACAUCAAUCUUGACUGUGUUCACGGGCUUCAGACCUUUUUCGCUGAAUACUCUCAAUACGAUGGACGUCCUAUUUCCCUAAAUGCUCAGUUUGAGAAAUAUGGACACUACACUCAGCUCGUAUGGCGUGGAACAACUCAGGUCGGAUGUGCUACUUCGCGCAGUGGUCAGGCUCAAUACCUGGUUUGUCACUAUACUCCUCCUGGAAAUAUUCUUGGUUUGACUGCUCCCAUGUAUCAUGGUUAA